UAACGCUGGAAAUAAUGCAUUAUUCAUAACAUCCGAUGAUAUGGUCUAUGGGUUGGGUCUUAAUACCAAUGGGUGUCUGGGUUUUGGACACAACAAUCCCAUACCAUCACCAGAACUGAUACCACAAUUAUGUAAUCAAAACAUACAAUACUUUGUCAAUGGAUUGGAUUUUGUAUUAGCAUCAAGGGAUGGUAUUUAUAAUAAGCAAUUCAAUGAGAUCUCGGCCAUAGGUUCGGGUGGUUUUGGGACAGUAUUUAAAGUAAAGCAUAGAUUGGAUGAUAAGAUAUAUGCCGUUAAAAGAGUCCUAUUUAAUGAUUUCAGUGAAGACAAGAAAAAUAAAGUGUUAAAUGAAGUGAAAAGUUUAGCAAAACUGGACUCAGAAUAUGUGGUAAAGUAUUACCACUCGUGGACUGAAUCCCAUUAUCUUUACAUUCAAAUGGAGUUUUGUUCGCAAAGUCUUAAAUCACUUCUAAAUGAUAAACACAUAGUCUUUGAGAGACAACCGGAAGAUGUGAUGAAAGUCUUUGAAUAUUUCGUUUUGUGUGAAAUAUUCAAAGAGCUCUUAGAAAGUGUCCAAUACUUACACGAAUGCAAACCACCGGUCAUUCAUCGGGAUCUCAAACCCGACAAUAUAUUGAUUGAACACAACGUUAGGUUCAAUCGAUGGGUCAAACUAUGUGACUUUGGUUUGGCCACCGAUCACGACAUGCCAUCCAUGAGCCACACGUCAAAUGUCGGGACUUCACAAUACAUGUCCAUUGAAGCCCAUCAGCGCCGCUACACAACCAAAGCAGAUAUCUAUAGCCUGGGAGUGAUUGCACAGCAUUUGUUUGACUUAUUCAAUAUUGAAAACCCGUUAGAAAAAUACAGUUUAACAACAUUUUCAGCCAAUUUUAACAAAUUAUAUGCAAUUAUUUGGUCAAUGGCUAAGUCUAUGGCUUACAAACGACCGACCAGUGGUCGAGUGCUACAGGAAUACAACGACUGGUCUAUCAAUAAAAUGAUUUAUUUAAAUCAUAAAAUGCCACAUUUCAUACUGGACUCAAAAUACGUGGUAAAAUCUAACCACUCAUCGCUUUCGUCCGAUAAUCUGUUCCUACAAAUGGAGUUCUGUUCCCAAAUAGGCAAACAUUUCAAGCAUAACGAGUGGUCUAUCGAUAAGACUGUUGUCACCAGUGAUCGAGUACUCGACGACUAUAACCAG